AUGGCAAGCACCGCGAAGUUAGAUAUGUCGCAAUCUCGGCUGGCCUCUGCGCCCGCACCCGCCCCCGUGAAAAAGGUUCAUUAUCCUUUUUGGUUCGGAGGCUCGGCCUCUUGCUUUGCGGCCGCCGUUACACACCCGUUGGACCUUGGUAAAUUCCUUUCGUCGCGUGCUUUUGUCUGGCAAAAUGAGCAAUUCGUUGAAUUCGCUCGGUGUUGCCUUCGCGUUAUCGUUCCCCUGUCGGCAGCCCUUUUGCGACAGAUAACCUAUUCCACCACCCGGUUCGGAAUCUACGAGGAGCUGAAAUCGCGCCUCUCGACUCCCGACUCGCCUCCCGGCCUCCUCACCCUGGUUGGAAUGGCCUGUGCCUCGGGCUUCCUUGGCGGAAUCGCAGGAAACCCGGCGGAUGUUCUGAACGUGCGCAUGCAGUCCGACGCCGCGCUGCCCGUGGAGCAACGACGAAACUACCGCCAUGCAUUCCACGGUCUGGUGCAGAUGAGCCGCACCGAAGGUCCCGCCAGUCUGUUCCGCGGCGUGUGGCCCAACUCGACGCGCGCGGUCCUGAUGACCGCCUCGCAACUGGCCUCGUACGAUACCUUCAAGCGCCUGUGUAUCCAGAAUUUCGGCAUGUCCGAUAACUUGGGGACGCAUUUCACUGCGUCCUUCAUGGCCGGGUUCGUCGCCACCACCGUCUGCAGCCCCGUGGACGUCAUUAAGACCCGUGUCAUGAGCGCCUCGCCGGCCGAGAGCCGCGGCCACAGCCUUCUGGGUCUUCUCCGGGAUAUUUCCCGCAAGGAAGGCUUCGGAUGGGCCUUCCGUGGAUGGGUGCCUAGCUUCAUUCGCCUAGGCCCUCAUACCAUCGCUACCUUCAUCUUCUUGGAAGAGCACAAGAAGCUGUAUCGCUUGAUCAAGGGCAUUCCUGAGGAAAAGCAAAAAGCAUAG